AUGUCGAUGUUCGUGGUCGUGGGCUCGAAGGAGCCGCUGUAUAAGAUGGAGAUGCGUGCACGGCGGGAGGAGAGUGCGCAUGUAGACGAGUUCGUUCUUCAUGCGGCGCUGGAUCUGGUGGACGAGCUCAUGUGGACGACGCCCGCCAUGGCGCUCAAGGUUGUAGACCGAUUCAACGACCAGCUCGUAUCAGCCUUUGUCACGGCCUCAGGCGUCAAAUUCCUGCUGCUGCACGAGACCCGCAACGACGACACCGUCAAGGCCUUUUUCCACGAGGUGCAUGAGCUCUACGUCAAGCUGCUAAUGAAUCCCUUCUACGAGUAUGACACGCCGAUCUCCUCCGAAGUGUUUGACGCGCGCGUGAAGACGUUGGCGCGAAGAUAUUUGUAA